CGAAAAUUGUAGUACUAUUACUGUCAAUCGCUCUGUUUACUAUAGUGUAGUCAGUACACUAACGUGUAGUCAGCAGACGUUACGACUCGGCAAGCGAAGGACAGCAGCAAGUGAUUGUCGAGAAAAAAAUUUUUUUAUAUUAUUAAAAUAUAAACAGAAAAAAAUAUUUUAUACUGUGCUGUGUGUGAGUCCGCAAAAAAAUGUCCGCGUCCAAUGACGGAUCCGUAUUAACUUACGAAAACCGGAAAAAAUUGGAACGAUUGCAGAGCUUGCGAGCCAACGUCAAUUGGGAGAUCGCAGCAGAGCGACGUCAAUUUCUCGAAGAAGUUGAACCUUUGUUCGAAGAUUGGGAUAGCCAAGUUCCCAAUCUGCGGGACUUUUUUGGUCCCAGAGAAAUCGAUUGGCUACUCGAGAAUUUCGUGAAAUCCAGCGAGCCAAAAAAACUCAUCGAGUUCGUGGUCAGGAGCGGCUACGUGGACGAGCCCGAACUCAACGAAGGCGGCAGGCCAGUGCUGCGUCGCACCACAGCGAUUCAUCUCGCGGCCAGACGCGUCAACUGCCACGAGGUCAUCGGUGAACUGUUCAAAAUUUACAACCGAUUCGACGUUAACUACAUCAGCCUGCGGGGGGACAGCACGCACUUUCAUCUGGCCUGCAGGUUCGGCUGCGAGGACGCGGUCGCGAGAUUCCUCGAGCGAGGACAGGAUCCGAAUUGCCUCGUGCUCGAGACCGGUGACACGCCGCUGCACGUGGCUCUGGCGAAUCUCCACGGCGAAGACGGAAAGAAGGUGGUCGACUUGCUGCUGGAAAAAGGCGCCGACCCGAAUUCAACGAACCCACACGGAUCGACGCCUCUGCACGUCAUUUGCCAGGAUGACCGCGACGAUUAUGUCGCGGUGAAGAUGUUGCUCGAGCUCAGCCAAAAACAUGAUCAGUUCGUGCAUCUCAACGUCCUGGACGACUCGGGUAACGCACCUGUGCACUGGGCUGUGCGCCGCGGCAACCGUGGGGUGUUCUCAGAGCUGCUGAGAAAAGGCACCGAUCCAAAUCUCACUGAUAAGGACGGAUCGACACCUCUGCAUCUCAUUUGCGAAAAAUACGAAGAUAACGCUUUAUUUUUAAAACCAUUUUUAAAGUAUUAUAACGUGGACGUGAACGCUCAGGACAAGAGGGGCAACACAGCAUUGCACUAUGCUCUGCGCAGCAACAACUAUGGACUGGUCCGAGAGUUGCUGCAUGAAUAUGCCGAUCCGAAUCUGGCCAAUGAUCAGGGACUGAGACCUCUGCACAUAAUUUGCCGGAGAACCGUCGAAGAGGACUACUUACUGGAUACGUUUUUCAGGACCAUAAAAGAUUUACCGGAGCGUCAGCGCAGUGCGAUGACGAUUGAGGUCGACGCCCCGGACAAUCUCAACCGGACAAUGUUGCAGUGGGCCAUGGCUAACGGCUUCAAGAGGAUAGCAGAAACACUGCUGAGAAAUGGCGCCGAUCCGAACUUGGCCGAUGCCGAUGGAUCGACUCCUCUGCAUCGUAUUUGCACGAGUGACAGCGACGACAUCGACUUGCUGGAGAAGUUCUUCGAGGUCUGCCGGGAUAUCCAGAGGACGGUGCAGGUCGAUGCCGUGGACGCUUUGGGCCAGACACCGCUCCAACGGGCCGUGGCGACUCUCAAGCCGAAAAUAAUCCAUGUACUCUUGAGAAAUGACCCUUAUCUGAUCGAAUUCACGUUUCCCGACACGGAUUACUUCGCGACGGAAUUCCAACCGCACAGAUUUAACAUUGAGACCGAUGCAUUGAGAGUAGCGUAUCGCGCGCUGGCCGUCAUCAGGCAACUCGAAGACAAAGAAUACAAACUGGACCGAAGCUCCGCCCUACAGAUCAUGAAAUUGUUCGACAAGUAUGGACUGUUCGACGAAUCGCAUCGUGCGGCGAGAACCGAUUUUGAAACAUGUUUGAACGAAGACGCGAAGUUCUCGAACAUAUUGAAUGCCAUAGAAAUUAAACCAAAACUGUCGCUUUACAAAUUGUCCCAGUUACUGCCAAAAGAAGCGAUCCGACUCACGUUCGAGAACUACUUGGACUUAGCGCACUCGAACAAAUUGUCGGAGCUGAGUGCAAGGCAUCGCACGGCUUAUCUUGAGUAUCUGUUCCAAAAAUUAUCGAGAGGAUUCGCCUUACCUUAUGCAGCGAUAAUUUUAAUGGAGCAAACAAGUGGAAGGAUGCCAUUGGAGUGCUUCGAAAUGAUAGUCGAUCACCUAAUGAUGGAAGAUUUAUAUAAUAUUUGCUUAUUGGAUGAAAUUUAAAAAUCGUAAUGGCGAUAAGCAUAUUUGCGGCAUUUUUCAAGUAUGUUCUUAUUAAAUGUUGAAGAUCUUACGUAACCCUUCAAUAAAUAAAUUCAAUAAAUAUUGAAUCCAUAAAUUUUCUUCAAUUUUAA